AUGUCUUCUCGUUAUCAAUCAGCCGACGUCGACCCCUCCCCUCUAGGCCAACCUCUCCACUUCGCCUUCUCAAAUCGUACCGUGCCCAAUCGCUUCCUCAAAGGCGCUAUGGCAGAGAACUUGUCAUCUUGGUCCCCAACAGACCGUCCCUCUCGUGGUGUGCCAACAGACGAGGUCGUCAAUGUCUAUCGUCGUUGGGGAGAAGGAGGAAUCGGUUUGAUCGUCACUGGCAACAUUAUGACGGACUACGAGCACUUUGAAGCCAAGGGAAACCCUGUUAUCGCCAAGGAUGCACCGUUCGAGGGUGAGAGGUUUGAGAGGUUCAAGGAGAUCGCGAGAGAGGCGAAGAGGGAGGGAAGUGUGGUGGUUGCGCAACUUGGUCAUCCUGGGAGACAAGUCAAAGAUAAUGUCACCAAAGAUCCUAUGUCCGCCAGUGACGUUCAACUCAAAAUUGAGGGUCCUCCUGGCGCAAUCGCUUUUGCGAAGCCUCGUGCCGCCACCCUCCAGGACAUUCGCGGCAUCACCGAAGCAUUCACUCAUGCCGCAGUAUACCUUGAAAAGGCCGGUUUCGACGGUAUCCAACUCCACGGCGCACACGGCUUUCUGCUCGCCCAAUUCCUCUCCAAGACGACCAACCUCCGUACCGAUGCUUACGGCGGCUCCCUAACCAACCGUGCCCGCCUCAUCGUCGAAAUCGCACAAUCCAUACGUCGCGCGACAUCUCCUUCGUUCAUACUCGGCAUCAAGAUCAACAGCCAAGAGUGGCAGGCGGAUGGGUUCCAGGCGGAAGAGGCCGCAGAGCUCGUACGCAUCCUGGAAGAGAGCACGUUCGAUUUCGUAGAGCUAUCCGGUGGCACGUUUGCAGCGUCUGGGUUCCACCACAGGCGGGAAAGCACGAAGGAGAGGGAGGCGUUCUUCUUAGAGUUUGCGGAGAAGAUCGUGCCGGGGUUGACGAAGACGAGGGCGUACGUUACGGGUGGGUUCAAGACCGUCGGUGCGAUGGUUCACGCGCUGGAUAUUGUGGAUGGGGUUGGUCUUGGUCGUCCGUUGACCCAGGAGCCGACGUUGUGUAAGGAUAUUUUGGAGCGGAAGGUUAGGGCAGUCAUCGAACAAAAGCUCGAUCCGAACGACUUCGGGACCACGCUUGCCGCCGCUGGAGUGCAGAUCAGGCAGUUGGGGAAGGGCGAAGAGCCGGCGGACUUCUCCGUCCAGGCGAAUGUGGAUGGGUUCCUAAAGGGUCUCCCCGAGUGGACGCAGAGAUUCGCUGACGAUAAGGAGGGGAAAGAGUACGGUUACUUUGAUUUGACCGCUGUCGCAGCGUAG